CAAGUUGCUCUACAGCAUGAUGUAAAUCUCUACUAAGAAGUAAUACCUGUUGAAUUCAAUGGGAUUAACUCCCAGGUUUUUAAAAGUGACAGCACUGAUGUGAAGAAAAUAGAGAAAUCAUGAAAUGGUAGAUUAAAAUUAUGUCUGCUCGACCAGAUCUUGUAUGGUCAUUGACUGCACGACAUGGAGAACCUUUCAGGAGACAUGGACAAUAAUACUUUGAAUUGCUCUAUUAAUCACAACAUACAUCAGACACUAUCACCAGUAAUAUAUAUACUUGUCUUUAUAGUAGGGCUCCCAGCCAACUGUCUCUCCUUGUACUAUGCCUACUUGCAAGUCAAGGUCAAGAAUGAACUGGGCAUCUACCUUUUCAAUUUAACUGUAGCAGACUUGCUUUAUCUUUUCUCCCUGCCUUUUUGGCUCCAAUAUGUUUUGCAGCAUGACAACUGGACCUAUGAUGAACUGUUGUGCAAGAUCUGUGGCAUCCUUUUGUACGAAAAUAUCUACAUCAGUGUGGCCUUCCUCUGCUGCAUCUCAAUUGACCGUUACCUGGCCGUAGUGUACCCUUUUCGCUUCCAUCAGUGUCGGACAAUGAAAGCUGCUAUUAUAGUGAGCAUUGCCAUCUGGACGAAAGAAAUCCUGACUUCUUGGAUAAUUUUUAGACACGGUGAAGUCAGUAAAGAUGCAGAGAGUCAUGUUGUCUGCUUUGAGCAUUAUCCCAUAAAAAACUGGGAACACAACAUAAAUUUUUACCGUUUCACUGCUGGUUUCUUAUUUCCAUUUUCUUUGCUCCUUUUUUCAUAUUAUGGCAUUCUGCGAGUUGUCCACAAGAGUCAUGGCACCCAGACAAAGAAGAAGAUUCAGAUUAAACGUCUGGUUUCAAGCACAAUUUCCAUUUUCCUGAUUUGUUUUGGACCUUAUCAUGUUCUAUUGCUGAUACGCAGCCUCUUUGAGAGAAGUUGUGAAUUUGCUGUCAGAAUCUUUAAUAUUUACCACAUUUCACUUUUGCUGACCACUUUUAACUGUGUUGCAGACCCAGUAUUGUAUUGCUUUUCUAGUGAGAACACAUACCAAGAUUUUGCUAAAAUAGGAAACACCUGCCUAAAGUGUCUGAGAUGUGGACAGAUGGAAACCAAGGAAUCCUAUCCAAUGAGUACUCCAGAAACUGUCAAGAAAAUCAGAGACCAAACUGAUCUAGAUCCAAGGUUGUUAAAUAAACUACAUGUUGUUCAAGUAAUAGAGGAACAAUCACCUGACACUUUUCCUAAAGGAAGAAUGAUGUAAAUGAUGUAAAGUCUCCAUCAAUGCCUUUGCUCACUUCCCUUUUUUAGGGUAUAAAUGUAUAGGAAUUAAGGCAUUCUACAGUUAAAAAUACCCCCAACUGUGCUAUAUUGACAUUUUUUCCUCAUGGGGAAUUCCUUGCUUCCUGUAAAAUAAUUCAGUAAUUACAAAUAAAACUGGCUAGUUAUCUUUUGCAGUUGAUUAUCACUAUGCAUAUUAGCUCCAGUCAUGGAGCACCUACUGUUCUGUUUUCUUAUAGAACUUGUGGAAAUAAAGGAAUUACAAUUCUGCAUUGGUUUUAUGUUCUGCAAGUGACAAAGCAUAACUUGAGAGUUAACUGCUUGUAUUUCAAAAAGUGAAACACAGUACACACUUAAAAACACACAUUUGUCUAUGGCGUAUCAUGUAUAUCAAUCUGUGUAUUUUAUACUUCUGAAACUGACAUUUUUUUAUUUAGUACCAUUUAUCAUUACCACCUAUUAAUUAUAAAAGCAUACAUGGAAGAGUUCAUAACAAAAUGGCACUCUGCAAAGCAUGUCAAUGCCUUUUGUGUUUAUUAAUUAUCUGUGGGCUAUUAAAUGCAUGUGG